AGUAAGACUAUGGCAGCAGGGAAAGCACACAUUGGUAAACCAGCUCCAGAAUUCCAGGCCACGGCUGUGGUAAAUGGAGAAUUCAAAGACAUUAAACUGUCUGAUUAUAGGGGUAAAUAUGUGGUUCUCUUUUUCUACCCUCUGGAUUUCACCUUUGUGUGUCCCACUGAAAUAAUCUCAUUCAGCGAGCGUGCUGGAGAAUUCCGCAAGAUCAACUGUGAAGUCAUUGCAGCAUCUGUAGAUUCUCACUUCUCACAUCUGGCAUGGGUAAAUGUUAACCGUAAGGAUGGUGGACUUGGAGCCAUGGAUAUACCUUUGGUGUCUGACCUGAAGCGUACUAUGUCUCAAGAUUAUGGUGUUCUGAAAGAAGAUGAUGGUGUAGCAUACAGAGGACUUUUUAUUAUUGAUAAUAAGGGGAUCCUUCGUCAAAUUACAAUUAAUGACCUCCCUGUUGGCCGAUCUGUGGAUGAGACUCUACGUCUUGUACAGGCAUUCCAGUAUACAGACACACAUGGAGAAGUUUGCCCUGCUGGAUGGAAGCCUGGAAGUAGCACCAUCAUACCCAAUGUGAAGGACAGCAAAGCCUACUUUUCUAAGGAACACUGAGCCAGUCUCCCUCGAGGAAAAAUUUCCUGCUGUGAUAGAAUCCCCACAUGCUCUUAUGUCAGCCUAACACUGUUUUCCAGUGGUGGGAAUGUUAGCACUUAGUGAUUAUCUUAAAUAAAAUGUUAAACGUG